AUGGAGACGACGCCACUGUUAAACGGCGCACCAUCUACGACGUUGACGUUGUUGGAGAAUGGAGACUACGCGCCGGUGAGGAGCUUCAAGGAAGUGAAGUCGGUGUUUUGGAUGGAGACGGUGAAGAUGUGGAAGAUCGCUGGUCCCAUUGGUUUCCAAAUAAUGUGUCAAUAUGGAACUAACUCCGUCACUAAUAUAUUCGUUGGACACAUCGGUAAUAUUGAACUCUCAGCCGUCACCAUCGCUCUCGCUGUCCUCGGGACUUUCUCCUUCGGCUUCAUGCUUGGCAUGGGGAGUGCACUGGAGACACUUUGUGGGCAAGCUUUUGGUGCUGGACAAAUACACAUGCUUGGCGUUUAUAUGCAAAGGUCCUGGAUAAUCUUGUUGGCCUCUUGUUUCAUCAUAUUGCCAUUUUACAUUUUUGCCACGCCAGUCCUCAAACUUCUGGGGCAAGAAGAUGAGAUCGCUAACCUGGCUGGGAAGUUCGCAAUACUCACCAUCCCUCAAUUGUUUUCACUUGCCAUAAUCUUCCCUACUCAAAAGUUCCUUCAGGCUCAAAGCAAGGUUAGCGUGCUUGCUUGGAUUGGGUUGGUGACUCUGAUUUUUCACGUCGGGAUCCUUUCGCUGUUCCUUUUGGUGUUUGAUUGGGGUACAACUGGGGCAGCCAUAGCAUAUGAUAUCACCAGCUGGGUAAUCGCUUUAGCUCAAGUCGCCUAUGUUAUUUUCUGGAGCAACGAGGGGUGGCAUGGCUUUUCAUGGUUGGCAUUCAAGGAGAUAUGGGCCUUUGUUCGACUCUCCAUUUCCUCAGCUCUGAUGCUUUGCCUCGAGGUUUGGUACAUGAUGAGCAUGAUUCUUCUUGUUGGUCACCUCAAUAAUGCAGUGAUUGCAGUCGGUUCCCUUUCAAUUUGUAUGAAUUUGAAUGGGUGGGAAGCUAUGUUGUUCAUAGGAAUAAACGCUGCUAUGAGCGUUCGGGUUUCCAAUGAGCUUGGAUUGGGACAUCCAAGAGCAGCCAAGUACUCCGUAUAUGUUACCGUGCUUCAGUCUCUCUUCAUAGGGCUUUUAUGCAUGGUUGCUAUCAUCAUAACCAGGGACCACUUUGCAGUCAUUUUCACUAGCAGCGAAGAAAUGCAGCGAGCUGUUGCUCAUCUGGCAUACCUUCUUGGUGUGACCAUGGUUCUUAACAGUGUCCAGCCUGUUAUAUCAGGAGUUGCUAUUGGCGGUGGGUGGCAGACAUUGGUUGCUUAUAUUAACUUAGGUUGUUAUUACGUUUUUGGUCUUCCUCUCGGAUUCUUACUUGGUUAUACAGCAAACUUAGGAGUGAUGGGACUUUGGGGAGGCAUGAUAGCUGGAAUUGGUUUGCAAACCUUGCUGCUCUUGCUUGUUCUCUAUAGAACCAAUUGGAACGAGGAGGUUGAACAAACAAUGGAACGUAUGAAGAAGUGGGGUGGCCAAGACAUCAGCACCGACAAGGUUAAUGAUAGUAACAUAUGACAUGAGUUGUUAGAAGAACAACAAUAUUGUCAUUACUCUUUGGCAUUUGUUUGGUUUUAUUUCUCCUGAUUCUGCAGGGAGCAAGGUGGUUUGUACUGAAUACUGUCACAAGCUGACUUGAAUCCGUGGUCUUGUCUCACGUGAUUUCUAUAUGGAGGCAAUUCCAAUUAGAGAUAAAAAAUAUAGUAAAUAAAUAAAAUCCUUUGUCAUUCAACAAAA